AUGAAGCUAUCUGUAGCCCUCUUGGGCCUGAAUGCGGCCUACAAUGCUGGCAUUGUCUCUGCUGCUCCACUAGAAAGCUGGUCAACCAAGUCUGGUGCUUCGUUGUCCGCGGUGGACAUGUUCAAUACAGCAAUCGAAUGGAACGACAAAUAUUGGGACGACGAAGCCGGUUAUUUGAUCACACCUUCUGAAGGCUCUGGACGCUACGAUAGUCGACACUCUGCAUGGUAUGCGCCUCAGUUGCUGGCCAGAAAUGGACCGGGCGACGUUGCAAAGGCCAUUCGGAUCUUUGACAAUGUGAUCUCUGGCCAAUAUCUCGAUCGAACCAAGCAGUGGUAUGGAGACUACCAGGGAGCACCGUCUCAGCCGGAGCCUGGGACACUGGUGUAUCCCGAUGAUGGACCAUACAGUUCGUGGGAUCCAAACAUUCGCGAUUUCGUGGGCUGUGCGUGGAUUGUGGCAUUGAACGACUAUGCUCACUUGCUGCCAGCAGCGACAGUGUCCAAAGUGGAAAAUUCCCUGCACAUCGCAGCAAAGGGGGAUUUGUACCGUGUUGGAGGCGUUGAUGGCGACAACUCUUAUCCUUGUUACUCCAAUCCUUGGCUGAUGCGAACAAUCCUUCAGAACUGGGUCGGCGCUCGAGUCGGAGAUGCGAACCUGACCAAGUCUGGUGAAAACUUUGCGCAGGAAAUAUACAAUCUCUGGAGUAUGCACCGUACCUUAUCUGAAUUCAACUCUCCAACUUAUGCCGGAGUCGCCAUGUGGGCUCUCGCUCUUUGGAACAAGUAUGGAACAAGCGACAGCCUGCUGAAGAAAUAUGGCCCCGAUAUGCUCACAUACAGCUGGAAAGAGCUUGGGGAACUCUACAACGCCAAUCUCAAGAAUGUUGCUGGCCCAUGGGAUCGCAGCUAUGGCUACAAUAUGAAGGAAUAUGCCUCUCUGAUCGGCGCUGUCAUUUGGGGUACGAUUGGGCGCGAGAAAGCACCCGUCCCUAAAAACUUACUGUCGAUGUAUCACCAAGAUGAUUUCGCCUUCUACCCUCUAUUCGCUCUUUCGAUGCCGGAGAUGGUGAAGUAUCUGCCAGCAAAGGUCAAGACGAACCUGCUCAAAUUCCCCGGCGAGCACAUGUAUACUUCACAAGCUUACUCGCCACCUUUCGACACAUAUCCACGAAACAUCACUACAUGGAUGUCCGAUAACGUGACAAUUGGUGCAGAGACUGUUUCUGAGCAUGUUGUGGGAGGACCAGCUAUCAAUCCCAGCCAAUUCACCCCUGCGGUCAUCCAGUGGGCAAUUGAUGACUACCAGAUUGGUGCUAUUUCCCACUGGGUAACAGAGUCUUCUAUCCAUGCAGUAGCAGCUCCUGGAAGUCUCAAAAUCUCCUACCCAAAUACGACAUCUACCGAUGGUCCGGUUUCUUUCAACUUCCUUUUCAGUGGCCUCAAUGUUCCAAACGGAUUCAAUGUCACUGGGCUCGAAGGUGUUCCUGGGUUGAAUGUCAAGUUGACGACGAACGCCUUGCCGAAUUACACCAUGACAUAUAACACUGAUCAUUCGGUGAACGAGUUCAGCUUUUACAACAUCACAUAUACGAUGCCCGAAAGCUUUACUGGGGUCCCAUAUCUCUCUCUUCAUAUUGUCUGA